AUCUUAUCUUUUCGUUUCUUCUAAGUGAUUAGUCAGUAACAUAAUUCUCUUAGUAAUGGAGGGUAAAGGACGAGUUGGAUCAUCACCGUCUUCUUCUUCCUUCACGGCUCAACUCUUUGGCCCCAAGGAAUCUACUUCCUCUGCCAACUUCAACUCCAUUUUCCCUCCUCCCUCCAAGGGAACAUCAAGAAACAUCCUAAGCUCCAAACAUGGGUCCUUAGAAAAAAGUAAAAACACUUCAACCUGCAAUCUGAGUUCUUCUCUUUACUACGGUGGUCAAGAUGUUUACUCUCAAUCCACACAGAACCAUACUUAUCCUACAAUUAACAAGGAUCAGGACAGAGACAACACUGAUACCAACUCCUCGGACGCCUCAAGAGGAAACUGGUGGCAAGGUAUAUUCCUCAACCAAAUGAUUUAGUUACAACUUCUAUGUCUUUGUUUGUUUCCCUUCUAACAGUUCCCCCAUCUCGCCAUUUUCUUAGGUUCACUAUAUUAUUAGAGUGUUCCCAACUGAGGCGUCUCUCUAGAAGAAGAGCAUCAAGUUGAUAAGGAACAAUACUAAUGAUGUCAUGCUUGUCUCUCUCACUAAUGUUAAACAAAAGAUUAGAACUUUGUACUUCAUAAAAACAUUUAGAAUCCUGAAACUCGAGUAUAAAUAACAGAGGAUUCUCUCUGACUACAGAACUGAUCGAAUCUGAAACUCAAACCUAACAAACACGAAACUGUACAAACCCAAAA